AUGUAUUAAACUCAGCGAAUAGAUAAACACCAUAACAGGUAAGUUAUUAUAAAAUAUAAAAAGCAGUAACAUUCAAUUAUCAAACUAUCAAGAUCCAUUACUAAGCGGCGAGAUAAUUCUAAAUAAAACAAAUUGA